CGGUAGUGUGGCCGCCAUGGCGUCGCCCUUCAGCGGGGCGCUACAGCUGACGGACCUGGAUGACUUCAUCGGGCCGUCUCAGGACUGCAUCAAGCCCAUGAAGGUAGAUAAGAGGCUGGGAAGUGGCGUGGCCAAGAUCCACAUUGAAGAUGACGGGAGUUACUUCCAAGUCAAUCAGGAUGGAGGGACGCGGAAGCUAGAGAAGGCCAAAAUCUCACUGGAUGACUGCCUGGCGUGCAGUGGCUGUGUCACCUCAGCAGAGACCGUGCUCAUCACUCAGCAGAGCCAUGAGGAGCUGCGGAAGAUCCUAGAUGCUAAUAAGACAGCAGCGCCUGGUCAGCAGAGGCUGGUUGUCAUUUCAGUCUCACCCCAGUCCAGUGCAUCGCUGGCUGCAAGAUUUCAGUUGACUCCAACAGACACUGCCAAGAAGUUAACUGCAUUCUUUAAAAAACUAGGAGUGCACUAUGUGUUUGAUACCGCCUUCUCGAGGAACUUCAGUCUCCUGGAGAGCCAGCGAGAGUUUGUGCGGCGAUUCCGAGAACAGGCCAACUCCAAGCAGGCCUUGCCCGUGCUGACUUCUGUCUGCCCAGGCUGGAUCUGCUAUGCCGAGAAGACCCACGGGAAUGCCAUCAUCCCCUAUAUCAGCACCGCCAGGUCCCCACAGCAGGUCAUGGGCUCCCUGGUCAAGGACUUCUUUGCCCAGCAGCAGCAUGUGACCCCCGACAAGAUCUACCAUGUGACAGUGAUGCCCUGCUAUGACAAAAAGCUGGAAGCAUCCAGACCUGACUUUUUUAGCCAGGAACAUCAGACGCGAGACGUGGAUUGUGUCAUCACAACAGGAGAAGUUUUCAAGUUGCUGGAAGAAGAAGGGGUUUCACUGUCAGAACUGGAGCCAGCCCCCUUGGACAGUGUGUACAGCAGCGUGUCUGCUCAGGAGCCCACCAGCCAUCGAGGUGGGGGUUCAGGGGGCUACCUGGAGCAUGUGUUCCGGCAUGCAGCCCAAGAGCUCUUUGGAAUCCAUGUGGAUGAGGUCACCUACAGACCCCUGAGGAACAAGGAUUUCCAGGAGGUGACACUGGAGAGUGAGGGCCGUGUCCUGCUGCACUUUGCUGCAGCCUAUGGCUUCCGCAACAUCCAGAACCUGGUGCAGAAGCUCAAGCGAGGGCGCUGCCCGUACCAUUAUGUGGAGGUCAUGGCCUGCCCCGCAGGUUGCUUGAAUGGUGGAGGCCAGCUCAAGGCCCCCGAGAUGCCUGGCAAGGAGCUUCUCCAGCAUGUUGAGAGGCUGUACAGCAUGGUCAAGACGGAGGCGCCAGAGAGUGUGCCUGGGGUCCGGGAGCUGUAUGGGCAGUGGCUGCAUGGUGAGGGCUCGGAGCGGGCCGGCGGCCUCUUGCACACCAGCUAUCACGCAGUGGAGAAGGCCAGCUCUGGCCUCAGCAUCAGGUGGUAAGAGGGCUCUCCACAGCCAGUGCCAGGCACUCAGGACCCCAGGGCUUGCCCCCAAAUCCUGGGUAAGCUGCGAGGAUGUACUGGAACCCACGUGGAAAUGGAACUCAGGACCCACAGCCAGUAAAGGUGACUUCCAGCCUGCACUCACCUGGACUCCCCAGUGCGGCCAGUUCCCAUAGGGCACUGGAACCUCUCCACAGGCCCGUGUCCAUGGGCGGUGCCCUUGCUCUUCCUGGUUGUGGUGACUCGUGUGUGAGGGUUUCAGCCUGUCCCAUGAGGAGUUUAAGGAAAAGCAAAAAUGGGGUUCCUCUCCCCCAUUUCUGGAGUUACUCCUGAAGCUGGGGUAAGGAUGGGCUAGACUUGCCAGGCUGGUCAAGCCUACAGCCCAGCAUGGGGAACCCUAUUGCACUUGGCAACAAAGGACACUGGCAGGAAAGGGGCACCCAGCCCAUGCCAGCCCAUGCAGGGGAAGCAGUGCCCACUCCACCUGGCAGUUCCAGCUGGAACCAAGUGUUUGUUUUGAUGAAGCAGCGGUCUUCAGGGUCUGAGAGCCUGUGUUCUCCACCACUGGGUGGGGGGAGGGAGGGAGAGAACACACUGGGCUCUGCCUGUCAGGCCCAUCCCUCUGAGCUCCACCUGUAAUAAAGGGACUUCCCUCUGAAAACA